CCAUCAACUCAGCCUUCUCCGGACUCCACCAGAGUUACCUGUAUUUUCUCGAUGUACGAGGCGGGGAUGUAGCCAGUUUCACCGGAGGCGCAGCGCGAGCCCAGCCACCAGUGUUUGUUGCUGCGCUCCAGGAUGAGGAAGCUCUCUCCGGCCGUGAAGUGCAGCGAGUUGGGCUCGGCGGAUCGGAAAGCGUAUAGAGACCGUAUUACACAAGACAGGAAGUGGUAACCCGGUGUCACCGUGAAUUGGGCCCCCCUACACGGGAUGGCUGGCGUGUGAACUUCAGGAACAUGGCCGGUUUGGUGGGGAGCAGAGCGCUGCGCAGGUCCUUGCACAGGCUGCUGCUCACUCCCAACACGGGACUGGCUCGCAACAGUUUGUUUCAGUCUCGGGGUCACAGACUGGGUCCCACUGAUGAUGAAAUGUACCAACGGACAUCAGUGUCUGUCAUGCAAAGGGAGGCUGGCAGUGAAAUGCUGAUCCUCAGCUACAGUUCCACUGGCUUCAACAUCAACGGAAACAGGGUUUUUGGACCCUGUGCUGUUUUACCGCCGGCUAUCCUGCAGUGGAAUGUUGGCAGUCAUCAUGACAUCACUGAGGAAAGUGUGUCUCUCUUUCAUAUGCUGGUGCCAAGGAUAGGUGACGUACACACAAGUAAAUAUUUGCUGUAUGUUGGUAGUGUUUAUAAUGUGUUUUUAUUUGUGGCCACAGAGAUCCUGGUGAUGGGCACCGGUGCCAAGCUGGAGCGGAUCAAGCCACCAGUCCUGGCUCUUCUGAAAAAGAAAGGCAUCGCAGUGGAGGUGCAGGACACGCCAAAUGCAUGUGCAACGUUCAACUUCCUGAUUAGUGAACGAAGGAUAGCAGCCGCUGCCCUCAUUCCCCCUGCGGUGAGCUCAGCCCUGGAGCUGACGGAGGAGUAGAAGACUGCAAAUCAUGGUGGACAUUUUAAAAAAGGUUCCCCCACGUCACCCAUGUGAUCUGCUGAGAUCUUGGGCAAGCGCACAACAGGGUGACAGUUUUUGGGAUCAGCAUGAUCUAAUGUUUUUUGUAUAUAUUGUGAAUAUUUUGUGUUGAAUGAUGACCUGAAAGAUGAAUCCUAUUCAGGGAUUUAAUGGUUUAAUCCUCCACAGUGCAAACAAGACAAUGGCUGAUGUCACAUAGACAAAGGAGAGUGGAUAAGCACCAGAAAGUGUGUUGGAAAUGCCCUGCAGCUUUCAGCCUGAGGUGGCUGGAGUGAGUGUCCUUCAUUUAGAUAAGCCUCUUUAGUCUGUGUGUCCGUCCGUCUGUGCGAGGACAUAUGUCAUAAUACACUCAAGCUCCAUAUAAAGAAUCCCCAAAUCCUCCAUGUCCAUCUCUAAUCUUCACCUCGCCAUAGGGCCAACAGAUAUUUUAGCUUUCAGAGGGUUGUGGACUUCACUUGAAUGGCUGUGUGUCUUCUGUUAUUUCGGAUGGUAUUUAUUACAGUAUUUCUCAUUUUGGCACAGCCAACAGUUGCUCAAUAAAAACCUGAUACCAUUUUCUUGUAUGAGUCACAUCCAUUUUGGCUAAACAACACACAUGCGUGGCUCAGUUUUAGGAUCGGUCCGAGCCCUCUUCAGAACUGGUUGACUGGUUCCGCUGCGACCAAAUACUGCUGAUAUCAGAGCCGGUGAUGCGCCUGUACAUGUCCUUGAUGUCUUCAUACUCGCUCCCAAAAUGGUCCGUUUCAUCAAAAGAGCGGGAGACAAACAUCUAGAAAG